CUGACGCAUGCGGAUCUAUCUUGUCAAUUCACUGUAACCUUCCGACUUCGCUGCUUUUACAAACUUUUUAGCUUUUAUGUGGGACACUUAUAAGCUUUUUUUUGCGGGGUUUUCCACCUCCUCCACCCGUCUGUGCUUGUCACGGACACUUUUCCAGGCAGCAGAGAAAGAAACAGCCGCUGACGGGUCAGAAGAAGACAGUAAAAUUCAUGGUUAUGGACGGAGAGACUUGUUGCAUGUUGCUGACAGCGGUGAUACAGUGAGGUCCAUGCAGGAGGGAUUGGGCAGACCUUCACGCCUGUUGCUACUGCUGUGAACGUGUGAGACACUCACUAGUCACUGCCUGAAGCAGUAAUCGGACAACUCUCUUUCUCACCAGGACCGGGUCUCCUGAGAUACCGCGCGGGGCUCCAUGGGUUCCAACACCUAAAAUGAAAAAGAAAAAAGUGGUCUUGUAGUUUACUUUAAUUGUGCUACAGAUUCUACGAGCACCUGAAGAAGUCUUUUAGAAAGUUUGCUGUCCAUUCUGCUGGACUGGACGACCUCUCUGUAGAAGAUUUUUUUUAAAAGAAGAUAUAAGAAGGGAUAAACACACAGGGAUUCAACCAUAAUUAUAGUCUAUGGAAAUGCAGGAUCUAGCCAGUCCUCACAGCCGAGUAAGUGGAAGCAGUGAAUCUCCUAAUUGUCCCAACCUCGACAACUCCCACAUCAAUAACAAUUCCAUGACACCCAAUGGCACUGAAGGUGAUAACAUCACAAUGCUUACCACUGCAGACUGGUUGUUAGGUUCUAACUCACAGUCCGCUGCAGUUAAAACCGAGCCAAUGAGCAGCAGCGAAAUCGCCACCUCGGUAGCAGACACCUCUCUAGACAGCUUCUCAGGAUCAGCUAUUGGAACCAGUGGCUUCAGCCCAAGACAAACUCACCAGUUCUCUCCACAGAUUUACCCUUCCAACAGAACAUAUCCGCAUAUUCUUCCUACCCCUUCAUCCCAAAAUAUGGCUGCGUAUGGGCAGACGCAGUACACCACAGGAAUGCAGCAGGCCGCAGCUUAUGCUAGCUACCCCCAGCCUGGCCAGCCCUAUGGCAUCCCAGCCUACGGUCCAUUGUGGGCAGGCAUAAAGACGGAGGGGGGUCUGACCCAGUCCCAAUCCCCGGGACAGACAGGCUUCCUAAGCUACAGCUCGGGCUUCACUACGCCGCAGACAGGACAGGCCCCCUACAGCUACCAGAUGCAGGGUGGUACUUUCACGACAACAUCAGGCUUGUACGCAGGAAACAACUCCCUGACAAACUCGAGUGGCUUCAACAGCACACAACAGGACUACGCCAGUUAUCCAGCCUUUGGCCAGGGCCAGUAUGCUCAGUAUUACAACAGCUCACCCUAUACUUCACCCUACAUGACAAGUAACAACACCAGCCCCAGCACACCCUCCACCACCACCACCUACACCCUCCAGGAGCCACCCACUGGCAUCACCAGCCAGGCCCUCACAGACAACCCUGCAGCAGAGUACAGUACCAUCCACAGUCCAUCAACCCCCAUUAAAGAUUCAGAUUCGGAUCGAUUGCGCCGGGCCUCGGAUGGAAAGUCACGUGGCAGGGGAAGAAGGAACAACAACCCAUCACCGCCGCCUGACUCCGACCUUGAGCGAGUUUUCAUCUGGGACCUGGAUGAAACAAUCAUCGUUUUCCAUUCCUUGCUUACGGGUUCUUAUGCCAACAGAUAUGGACGGGAUCCACCGACAUCUGUAUCAUUAGGCCUGAGGAUGGAAGAAAUGAUCUUCAACUUGGCGGACACACACCUAUUCUUUAACGACUUGGAGGAAUGUGAUCAGGUACAUAUCGACGAUGUGUCCUCCGAUGACAACGGCCAGGAUCUGAGCACGUAUAACUUUGGCGCUGACGGUUUCCACGCAGCAGCAACCAGUGCCAACCUAUGUCUGGCCACAGGCGUGCGGGGAGGUGUGGACUGGAUGAGAAAACUGGCCUUCCGCUACAGACGAGUAAAAGAAAUCUACACCACCUACAAAAAUAACGUCGGAGGUCUGCUGGGCCCAGCCAAAAGGGAAGCCUGGUUGCAAUUGCGAGCAGAAAUUGAAGCCUUGACGGACUCCUGGUUAACACUGGCACUGAAAGCACUAACAUUAAUCCACUCAAGGUCAAACUGUGUGAAUAUCCUGGUGACCACCACGCAGCUCAUCCCUGCCCUGGCUAAGGUCCUGCUCUACGGCUUGGGGAUAGUCUUUCCUAUCGAGAAUAUUUAUAGUGCAACCAAAAUAGGGAAGGAGAGCUGCUUUGAGAGAGUAAUUCAAAGGUUCGGGAGGAAAGUUGUUUACAUUGUUGUUGGAGAUGGUGUGGAAGAGGAGCAAGGCUCAAAAAAGCACAACAUGCCCUUCUGGAGGAUCUCCAGCCAUUCAGACCUCAUGGCCCUCCACCACGCUCUAGACCUGGAGUACUUGUAGCACUACAUCACCAUGGUUCACCCUGCUCCGCCUCAGCACACCCUGCAACCUUUCACCUUCGCCCUCCAGCCCCGUCCUACGCUUGCCGCA